AUGAAGCAUUUUUGCUGUUAUAAAACACGCACCAUGUUAGAAACUCAAUUUGAUUGCAAAAAAAAAAGAAACAAAAGUAAAGAUAAAAGAAUUAAAAGCGCUGCCGUUGUUGCUUUGUGUUCUUCUUUACCAACACCGCAAGCAAUGGCAGAACAAGACCUGCAAUCAUUACAACUACAAACGAAUGAUGAGAAGAAAUUAAUAAGUGUUCGCGUGUUUCAAACCGAAGAAGAAUCGUCAUUUUUGUCUGUUCAAUUUACUGUGGGACUAAAAAUAACUUCAAAAAUAAUCAGUAACCACGUUGUCAGUUUUCAAUACGAAAUACGCCUUGUCAUUGGCCCCGGCACUUUAGCUGAGCCCAUAUGUGUAGACAACAUAGUAAGCAACGAUGACAACCAAAGACAAUUGAAUAGUUUUUCGCGGAACGCUAUUUAUGUUCUUUAG